AUGGAGACUCUCCCGAGCGACGUGCUGCUCGUGAUCGUUCACAAGCUGGCAGCCCAGGACCCGCUCGCGCUGCUGACCUCCGCCUGCGCCAUCAAGGCUUUCCUCCGCGUGACUGAGGACACUCCGGGGGUCUGGAAGGAGGUCUUCUACGGCUCGAGGCUUGGGCAAGAAAGAGCGCAAAAUGAUAAGCUUUUGGACGGGAAUCCGGAGCUGAAUGCUGAGGUGGAGUCACUGGGCGGGUUCAAGGUUCUGGUGGCAGCGCGAUAUGCAGAGAAGCUUGCAACUGCAUCUACCCGGGUUGAACAAAGCCAGGCAAAAAGGCGCUGCUUAGGCAGUUGCGAUGCCGUCCAAUUGCAACCGGUGUUCACGAAUGAACACUUCGUAGAAGCCCUGGAAAAGGAGCGCGGCCGCCGUCGCGCGACACCUGGGCUCCUUGGCAAGAAAGGCCUCUGCGGGAAGGUGUCCGUUGAGGUUUACGAAUUGCAGCCGCACAAUUCCGGCGGGGAGGCUUAUGCGGUUGCGAGACUGUGGAGGGGGCCUCUCAGAUCCUGGAUCCACCUAACCUACAAGGAGGUGUCCUAUGGAUUUAACGACCAACUCUUACCGGCUUGCCCGCCUGAAGAAUCUGAAGAAUCGCUGAAGGCGUCCGUGACUGUUGGGCAGCGACCGACGUCGGAUGGUGAAGGGCGCAGAUGGAAGAAUCUUGUACAUAAAGUGCAGCUCAAGGGAUCUGUGGAUGAGUCCGAGUUUUGCUGCCCAACGUGCGAAUCGGACUGGAGUUUCGAGAAGCUGACCCUUGCGGUGGAACUACGCACGGCCUCUUAG